CUGGUAAAGGUGUGGGGCGCGGGGCUGCGGGGCGGCAUGGAGCGUGGGGCCGGAUUCCAGAUGUGGGGAGACUACCUGGGGCUGGCCGCCCUGCUGCGCCGCAUGGCGGCCGAGCGCAGAGCGGCGUCACCCGGUGAUUCGGCGUCACCCGGCGAUUUGGCGUCACCCGGCGCGGUGUUGUCACCCGGCGCGGUGUUGUCACCCGGCGCGGUGUUGUCACCCGGAGCAUCGGCACCGCGUGGUGCGUUGGCGUCACCCGGCGAUUCGGCGUCACCCGGCGCGGUGUUGCCACCCGGCACGGUGUUGUCACCCGGCGCGGUGUUGCCACCCGGCACGGUGUUGUCACCCGGCGCGGUGUUGUCACCCGGCGUGGUGUUGUCACCCGGCGCGGUGUUGUCACCCGGAGCAUCGGCACCGCGUGGUGCGUUGGCGUCACUCGGCGAUUUGGCGUCGCACCGCCUGUUGGCGUCCCCCCUCUCGUCGGCGUCCCGCGGCGUGCCAUCGAGGCCCGGCGUAGCGGCGUCGCUCAUCUUGUCACCGUCGACCGGGAUGUCACCGUCACCUGGAGUGUCACCGUCACCCGGCGUGCCGCCCAGGCCCGGUGUGUCACCGUCGCUCAGCGUGUCAGCGUCACACAGCGGCUCGCCAACACCCGGCGUGUCACCAGCACCCCGCAUGUCACCAGCACCCGGCGUGUCACCAACACCCGGCGUGUCACCAGCACCCGGUGUGUCACCAACACCCGGCGUGUCACCAACACCUGGCGUGUCACCAAUGCCCGCUGCGCUGCUGUCACCCGUCUUUGCACCACUGCCCAACGUGACACCGUCACCCAGGAGCUCAGUGUCACCCGGUGUGUCACCAGCACCCGGUGUGUCACCAGGACCUGGUGUGUCACCAGCACCCGGUGUGUCACCAGGACCUGGUGUGUCACCAGCACCCGGUGUGUCACCAGCACCCGGCGCAUCCUCAACACCCGGUGUGUCACCACGGCCUGAUGUGUCACCGGGACCCGGCGCAUCCCGCACAGCCAGCGUGUCACCAACACUUGGUGUGUCACCAGGACCCGGCGUGUCACCAGGACCCAGCGUGUCACCAGGACUCGGCGCAUCCCGCACAGCCGGCGUGACACCAACACCCAGCAUGUCACCACGACCCAGCGCAUCCCGCACAGCCGGCGUGUCACCAUGGCCUGAUGUGUCACCACGACCUGGCGCAUCCUCAGCACCUGGCGUGUCACCAGGACCCGGCGUACCCUGCACAGCCGCUGGCGUGUCACCAACACUUGGCGUGUCACCACGACCCGGCGCAUCCCGCACACCUGGCGUGUCACCAUGGCCUGAUGUGUCACCACGACCUGGCCCAUCCCGCACAGCCGGCGUGUCACCACGACCUGGCACAUCCUCAGCACCUGGCGUGUCACCAUGGCCUGAUGUGUCCCCACGACCCGGCGCAUCCCGCACAGCCGGCGUGUCCCCAGCACCCGGCGUGUCCCCAGGGCCUGGCGCACCCCGCACGGCUGGCACAUCAGCCGCGGGGCUGGGCUGCGGGUUCUGCCGGCACAACGGGGAGUCGCGCCAGGUGUACGGGGCGCACGCGCUGAAGGACGCGCGGGGCCGCGUGCUCUGCCCCAUCCUGCGCAGCUACGUCUGCCCGCAGUGCGGGGCCACGCGGGAGCGGGCGCACACCAAGCGCUUCUGCCCCCUGACCCCGCGGGGCUACACCUCCGUCUACAGCAGGAGGAGCGCCAGCCCCCCCCGCGACGGCACCGGGCAGUAGCGGGGUGCAGCGGGCCGCAGCGAGCGAUCCAUGGGGCAGGAACAGCGGCCCAGCCCCACGCCGGGGCCCCGCUAUGGGUUCGGUCGCCGGAACCGCCGUGGGUCGGGGCGGGGGGGUUUGAGUUGGGGGGCAGG